AAACUGGGGGAACUUUGCUUCGUUGCACUUUCCGGCCCACGACUCCGCCCCCGCUGGAGGGGCUCGGCUCUGAGAUUCAAGAUGGAGUCGCUGAGUAGAGCUGGGCAGGAGAUGAGCCUGGCGGCCCUGAAACAACACGACCCUUACAUCACCAGCAUCGCGGACCUCACGGGCCAGGUCGCUCUGUACACUUUCUGUCCUAAGGCCAACCAGUGGGAGAAGACUGAUAUAGAAGGGACCUUGUUUGUAUAUCGAAGGUCAGCUUCACCUUACCAUGGUUUUACCAUUGUGAAUCGACUGAAUAUGCACAAUCUGGUUGAACCGGUCAAUAAAGAUUUGGAAUUUCAACUCCAUGAACCAUUUCUUCUAUAUAGAAAUGCAAGCUUGUCGAUAUACAGUAUCUGGUUUUAUGACAAGAAUGACUGUCACCGCAUAGCCAAACUCAUGGCCAAUGUGGUAGAAGAGGAGACACGACGGUCCCAGCAAGCUGCUCGGGAUAAGCAGAGUCCCAGCCAGGCCAACGGCUGUAGUGACCACAGGCCCAUCGACAUCCUGGAGAUGCUGAGCAGAGCCAAGGACGAGUACGAGAGGAAUCAGAUGGGCGACUCAAAUAUCUCCAGCCCUGGGUUACAGCCAAGCACUCAGCUGGGAAGUACAGAGACUCUAGAAGAGAUGCCUUCCGGGUCACAGGAGAAGUCCGCUCCAUCUGGACACAAACAUCUAACAGUAGAAGAACUCUUUGGAACCUCUCUGCCAAAGGAACAGCCAGCAGUCAUGGGUCUUGAUUCAGAGGACAUGGAGAGGCUGGCAGGAGAUGCCCCCCAGAAGGAUCCUAGCCCAUUCCUACCAUUUUCCUUUGAGCAGUCAGGAGGAACCCCUCAGUCAGAAAACCUGGCUGUUCAAUCUGCUGCCCACCACUCAGUCCAACCUGAAGUCACCACCCCAGUGUUGAUCACUCCUGCCUCCAUCACACAGUCCAAUGAAAAGCAUGCUCCAAGCUACAUGAUCCCGAUGAGCCCUGUUCUCAGUCCCACUCUACCAGCAGAAGCUCCUACUGCACAGGUUCCCCCCAGCUUACCUCGAAACAGCACCAUGAUGCAGGCAGUGAAGACCACACCUAGACAGAGGUCUCCACUCCUCAAUCAGCCAGUCCCUGAGCUAAGCCACACCUGUCUGAUUGCCAACCAGAGCUCCUUCAGGGCCCCACUGAGUGCAACAAGCACAGCUGGUACAUCCCUUGCAAGCGUGGAUCUUCUCCAGAAACUCAGGCUGACGCCACAGCAUGACCAAAUACAGGCACAGUCACUUGGGAAAGGUGCAAUGGCAGCUAGUUUUCCUCCAGCAGCUGGCCAAUUGGCCACACCUGAAAGCUUCAUAGAGCCUCCCCUGAAAACCAUAGCAGCCAGAGCAGCAGUCUCGGCAUCCCUGAACAGCAUGGUGCUCCCUCCCCUUCAGUCUAUGCAGCAAAACCAGGACUCCGAAGUAUUUGCCCAGCCAAAGGUGUUACCCAGUGCCAUCCCAGUUGCAGGCCCUCCACUGGUUACCACAACCACCACAGCAGUACCUUCUGUCCUGCUGUCCCCAAGUGUUUUCCAGCAGACAUCUACAAGGUCCACAGACCUUGACAGGAAAGCAAACUCCCCUUCUCCUCUACCUGUUGGGACAUCAGAAAAUCAAAGAAAGCCUUCCAUUAUUCUCAGCAAGGCUCAGCUCCAGGAUACGUUAAUACAUCUGAUAAAGAAUGAUUCUAGCUUUCUCAGUACACUUCAUGAAGUCUACUUGCAGGUUCUGACCAAGAACAAAGACAACCUCAACCUAUGACUGGAGCUGAGUGAAUCUGAAGGCACCUGUCAACCUCAGAAACAAAUAGGCUUUAUCAUGGAAACUCCUAAACAGAACACUGCGUUUUGAGAAUCCUGAAAUUGAGCCUAUAAGAGAAGAGACUCGUUCCUUAAGAAUGUUUUCCAAGUGACGUUCCCAGUGUUAAUGGAGGUUUCACUGUGAAGCAUCACCAGCAGACCUUUGUUUUGACAAAAAAAAAAAAAAA